AUGGAAGCAUGCGCUGCAGUGGUCAUGGAGGAGUUUCUUGGGACGAUGGUGGUUUCGAAGUUCGAGCUGAAUUAUCCAAUGGAAUAUGUCACAUCAGUGGAAGGUAGUUAUGAUAAUAAAUCAGGAUUUAUCACCAUGCUUAGGUUCACUACUAAUAGACAAACCUCCCAAGACUUUGGACUCGCUACAACAUCAAGCUUCGUACACCACAAAGUUGAUCACAUGAUCGUUGGGUUCCAUGGAAAAUCCAGUAACAUGCUUCUCCACAAAAUUGGAGUCCAUGUCAUACCAAUCUGA